UUUUGUAGUUCAGAAAACCGAUACUCCCUGUAUAGGCGGUUUAUACAUGUAUGUGUAUUGGACUACACGAAAAGUUUACACAAGCGUAUCGCUGUCGGCAAAGUUUAUAACUGGGCACGCGUUUGUGUAAACUUAUUUCGUUAAAGGAAUUAAACGUGUGUCAUCCUCAAGAAAGUUCCUCUUAAAAAGGUCUGCAACGGUGCUGCCAUGACACAAGAAAAUGCAGCGUCCUAUGGUAAAAGCAGAACGCCAUGACCCGGCCUAUCUGCCACCUAGUUACCACUUGCAACAACAGCUACAACAGCAACAACAGCAGCAAAAACAGCGACAAAUGGCUCCACAAACCCAAAACAGCUUUCCCCCAAACAAAGGUGUACCACCCAAAGCGCCCAACACGACGAAUACAAGCACUCCAGUGGACGCACAGAGCAUUGAAUCUCAGAUUGACUUCCAAAGUAUUAAGGGAGCGUUUGGUUGGACUGUGAUAGAUAACAUACACAUUCCUUACAUUCUCCGAGUAGACAAACAGUUUGUGUCAGUUCGCAUCGUGGAACAGAAGUUGUUAAGUCGCUACCCGAACUCUUAUCCCGAUGAUCUGGGUAAGCAUGCACCUUUAACAAGUUUUUUUAUUACGCAAAAUGAGGCAAAGCUUUUAAAUGAGAUUAAUAUUCAACACUGUGAUUCUGAAUAUGGAAAGAAAGAAUUUGUUAUCAAAGACCUCAUAGUGUUGCUGUCAGACUUUAUUCGGUUUUAUGACCUUGUGAAAAAGACAUUUCCGGAUGCCGCUGCUGCACGUGCAGCCCAAAUGGCUGCAGAGUCCGCGGGUUGGCUACAGAUAAAAAAUACAGUCACACCCUAUGUAAAACGUGUUGACGGAAAUAAAUAUGUGCCAUUAUCUGUAAUACAAUAUGCCGCGGGGUUACUUGUGAACGAGAAAGUAUCAGGCUUGUCACCAACUGUCAUGGAGUGUCAAAUGUUAAAUGAAUCUUGUAAGAAGGCUGGUGUUGAAUUUGUUUUCUCAGACACUACAACAAGGUUGAUAAGUUUAAAGGAUAUUAAAAAGACAGCGACAGUAGAUAUAAUUGAGUUACCGUCAAGUAAUCCUUUAAAACAUGCUACAUAUAUGGAGUUACCAACUAAUACUAGCCAAUCCGAUCAGCAAAGUACAAAACCAAAUGUGCCUCAAAAGCCACCAAGUUCUCAUGCGUAUGUGUUUCAGCCCACCUCUCAGUUAGAUAUAUUUAAAGCACAAAUACAAAGUAACUUAAAUAACAAUGAUGGACAAAGUUCUCAGAGGAUAAGUGCUCCUCCAAGGCCAGGAUACCAAGGCGUGCCGAUGUUUGAUGCAAGAAUGAUGAAUGACCCUAGAGUUGCUAGAUAUGGACCUCCUAACAUUAGUGUUAACCCAAACACGUCCAUACCACAAGCAAUUCCACACAUACACCCAAUGAUGCAACACUUUAUGACCAUGCAAAGAACGCCACAACCUCUUCAUCACGGAAAUGUUAAUGGUAUGGAUGUUCCUCCAUCAAGACAUUCACCUGGAGUACCCCCACCAAGACAAUCACCAGGAGCUAGUUCUAAUCCAUCUCCACGUUCCCGACCUCCUUCCCAAUCUCGUCCUCCUUCUGGAUCCCCUCUAUCACCGGUAAUAUCCCCAUUACACAACCAGCCACCUCCACCAUACCCAGAUCAAUUACAACAACAGCAAGCACGCCUUGCUCAUAUGAAUGGACAAGCGUUGCAGCAUAUGCAGACCAUGAUGCAAAUGUAUCCGGCUCCUACCAACCAAUUUCCUGACAAGCAACAACAAAAUCAAAGUCAUACACCAUUGUCACCAACUGCCCAGACCGGUCACAUUGCAAGAGCCCCACCUAAUGCCAACCAGGAGAUUCCAGGACUGUUUAGUCCAACGGGGACUAGUAUACCAACUCAAUCCUCACAAAAAAGUCCUCAUGGAAGGGCAGUGAAUGGAGCUCCUCCACCUCUUGUACUAAUGUCAAGCCCAACUUCAGAAAUGGUGCCAAACAAAGGAAGUCAGUCAACUCCUAGGUUGGUGACAAGUACUGUUUCUACUGCACAAGACCAACGACCAGUACCAGCCCCUGUUGAAGCGCCACGGCCAACUAACCUUGUCUCUGCCAAACCAGAUGAAACACUUGAUUGUUGUAUUAAAGGUGCUUGGUUGCAUAAUAAAAGCAUAUCAUGUUUGUUUGUGGAGAAAGGAACUCGUUCAGGACAGUACUGUCUGGUUGAAGCCGUGUGUAAACUCUAUUUUAACGGUUGUAGUGUGAAUGAAUUUUUGUUUGCUUUAGAAAAUGUGUUGAACGUCCCUUUGAUAAUGUGCACGGACGCCGAGGAAAAGGCAUUUAUUCAGUAUUAUAGUUUGCCCGUUCGGGAAUUAAAAUGUAACAAAAUGAUUACAUUUAAGGAUUUGGAAAAGUAUUUUCCUCAGCUGUCGUAUAUGUUCCCUAGCAAAGAGGCUAUUGCACAAAGUGAAAAAGACAUCGACUGUAAUGGCCAGUCAGACGUCAACCUUGAAAGUGAAAAUCUGGGGAUUCCUGCGAAUGGGAUGUUAACUCCAGAAGACAUCGAGGCCUCUAUGCCUGUGUCUGCAGCCGAGUUAAGCCGGAACGGCGCCAGAGAAGGGAUUGGAAAGCGACCAGUAGGAACAUCGGGAGGGCCCCCUUCAAAACAGCCUCGUACUGCUGCCGCUGUGACAGAAGAGGAUACCGUUAUCAUACUAGACUGACGACAGUAUCAAAAGCACUGCUCUCUCUACGACCCUGCCAAUGAGUCAAACAUCGGAGUGACAUUUUAACGAGGAAAAAAUAGACAUCCGCUGAACUAGACAGCUCGACAUACGUAUAGAGCCUAUCAAUAUUUUUUUCAGCGAUAUCUUUUAAGGGGUAAUGACUUGCUAUUAUCAGCAACACUGACAUUGUAAAGAAAAUUGUGUACGUUAGUUUAGUUCUUGCAGAUUGUAUAAAAUGCAUAAAGUCUAAGAAUACCACUAACAUAGCAGUAGUAUUUUUCAAGUCUUAUGUUUUUGUCUUUUCUAACGAAAUUUUAACAAAACAAGUCACAUUUUAAAGCAUGGUGUAGUCUGAAGUAAUAUGACCAAGCGCUGAUGAAUGUUUGUUAACAAUUUGCUUGUGGAUCCUUUCAGACACGUUGAAGACCUGCCGGAGUUGAAACGCAGUUUCAUGACUGUUACUUCCUCUGAGGCGGUUGCACUGGUUUGCUGGCAUAUAGAAAUUGCAUUGUUUUAGUUCUUUCUGGAAUUUGCGUUAGAUACUCGAUAAACGUGUAUGCACGGUCAUAUGUGCCAGCAAAAAAGUGUGUCUUUGCAAGGAUAUUGUUGUUUGUAUGGCGUUUCUUGAUGUAUACAUGUAGAUAAUAGCUAACAUUGAUGUACAUUUUUAUCUAGUUCUGUUUUAUUUGUUAAUGGGCAUUGAUAGUGCUAUUCUAUUUUACUAAUUAAUUGUAGAAGUCUUCACCACACUCAAAGAGCAAUUGUCAGAUUCAAAAUUCCAUUAUAAUCUCUUAAUAUUAGAAUUCUAUUAUUUUACCACAUUUUAAUAAACGCCAUAUUGUUUUAAUAUUUAAAACAAAUCACGAUUAAUAAAUAUUUUUGAAAAAUUUACCAUAAGCUUUAACUUGUGAUAAAAAGAUGUUAAAAUAUUUAAGGUUUGUUUGAUAAUGAUUAAUAGUUUGAAAUUGUAAAAUCUCAUUUCAGUUUGAUGUAGGUCGUUUUGAGUUAUGUUCAUUUUUUCAUUGUUAUUUUUUGGACCAAAUGUUUGGUAUGUAAUAAUUAUUAUUCAAUGAACUCAUUGUCUGUUAAACUUCACGGGCAUUAAACCAAAAGCUUUUUAUAUGUUUUGUAAAAAUGAAACGAAUAAAUAUGUCUUAAAUCAG